AUGAGAGACUGUAUUAAUGGAGAGGACGAAAUGAACUGCACUUAUACAUGCACACAAAAGGAAUUUACCUGUGAUAGCGGAAAGUGUAUCCCUAUUACCUUUAAGUGCGACGGUAACAUGGAUUGUGGGGUGGGAGACAACUCUGAUGAAACUAAUUGCGGAGAGACACCCUGCGCAAGGGUACGCAAUUUCCGAUGUGGAAAGAACAACACAAACUGUCUGCCGAUUUCACUGAAAUGCGAUAAACACGACGACUGCGGGGAUGGAUCAGAUGAAGUUGGAUGCAACUGUACCUGUAGUAGUACCGAAUUUACCUGUUCAUCAUCCUGUGAAUGCAUAAAGCCAACCCAACGUUGUGAUGGAACCCUGGAUUGCAGAGAUGGUUCAGAUGAAAUGGAGUGCCCAUGCACUUUGAACGAGUUCACCUGUGACAACGAGAAAUGUAUCAAUGGUACGCAGCACUGUGACGGAGUAUAUGACUGUUCUGAUAAGUCAGACGAGAAGGACUGUGUGACCACCACAACAGCAACAACAACCACUCCUAUUAGCACCACACCAACCUCAGCUACACCAUGUGUGAGUGAAGAGAUCAUGUCAAAUCCCGCCCUCCUUCCAUCAAGCAAAAUCUUCAUCAACCCAGCUCCCAAAGACCCACUUACCGCCGAAAAUCUAAGACCUGGAUCUACCGCAGCAUUAGAAAUUGACAGUAACACUGCUACGAUUAGCGUUGAUUUAACUACGACUGAAAAUCCGGACGGAAGUGUAAUCAAGAGCCUGAAUAUUGCAGGGGAUCAGAGCAACGUGCAGAAACUUACCGUAUCCUACAAAGUAUCAGCGACGGCCUCCUCAAAAGAUUUUACUGGCUUUACUGGUAUUGGACCAGUAAUUUUCCCAGAUAAUUUUAAAGUGGCGGCUGUAGAUGUCACACUUAUGCAGAGGACUGACACCAGCGAACCAUAUAGGAUCAAACUGAAUCUGGUAGCUUGUGUUCAUGGUGGCUCUGUAGCAACUAAUAUAUUUACGACUUCUGGAAUUACGUCAACCUUGGGUUCACUAACGCCAGUAACGAUUGAUAUGACUUUUAACACACCAGAACCCCCAAAGGUCACUGACGUAGUAUUCACAGUUACAAACGGGAAAAAUGUCCAAGUCUCAUUAAAGGAUGAAAAUGGUUUACCAACUACAAUGACACCUACAAUGACGUCGAGUGGACGGAUUAUAUUGGAUUACAAUGGUCAACCUAGCAAAGGAAUAUCCAUUACUGUAACACCAAAAUCUAUCACAGAGCCAGUAACUGUCAAAGAGACAGAGGUGAAGGCAUGCACACAGCCAGCUGUACCAACCACAACUGCUGCGCCGUCAACGCCUAGUGGACCUACACCUUCUGUUACAGGUCCAACAACAACACCCACUGGAUCAACCACCACUCCAGCGACUACCUGUGCCGAUGCUAUGCUGCCAGUUGGUGUGGAUGUGUUGUCACCCAGCAGUAGCGACAUUCCAACAGGCGAUCUUCCAAAGAUACUGAGUCCUACCGGAGCCACUACCACGACGGACAACCCCACUCCCACAGUUGUAUUCGACUUGAACAAAGAGACGCCUCCUCGUGUGACCGAGGUCAGCGUUACGGUUACCAAUGCUGAGCGAGUGGACGUGGAACUUGAAGAACCAAACGGAGAAAAAAUAACCAAGACACCUGUUAUCCAACCAAACGGAGUUGUGACAGUGAACUUCAACGGAGAAGAGGGAACAAAGAUAACUGUCAAGAUAACCAAGAAGGACACAAGUCAACCUUCAACAGUGUCUGAUGUCAAGGUGAAGGCCUGUAUAGAGGCCACAACGACAGCAUCGACCACAACCAUUGGCACCACACCAAGCGUUCCAACACCCAGCGGGCCCACACCCUCUGUUUCAGUACCAACAACAACCCCCAGCGCACCAACCACUACUCCAACCACAACCUGUGCCGAUGCUAUGCUGCCAGUUGGUGUGAAUGUGUUGUCACCCAGCAGUAGCGACAUUCCAACAGGCGAUCUUCCAAAGAUACUGAGUCCUACCGGAGCCACUACCACGACGGACAACCCCACUCCCACAGUUGUAUUCGACUUGAACAAAGAGACGCCUCCUCGUGUGACCGAGGUCAGCGUUACGGUUACCAAUGCUGAGCGAGUGGACGUGGAACUUGAAGAACCAAACGGAGAAAAAAUAACCAAGACACCUGUUAUCCAACCAAACGGAGUUGUGACAGUGAACUUCAACGGAGAAGAGGGAACAAAGAUAACUGUCAAGAUAACCAAGAAGGACACAAGUCAACCUUCAACAGUGUCUGAUGUCAAGGUGAAGGCCUGUAUAGAGGCCACAACGACAGCAUCGACCACAACCAUUGGCACCACACCAAGCGUUCCAACACCCAGCGGGCCCACACCCUCUGUUUCAGUACCAACAACAACCCCCAGCGCACCAACCACUACUCCAACCACAACCUGUGCCGAUGCUAUGCUGCCAGUUGGUGUGGAUGUGUUGUCACCCAGCAGUAGCGACAUUCCAACAGGCGAUCUUCCAAAGAUACUGAGUCCUACCGGAGCCACUACCACGACGGACAACCCCACUCCCACAGUUGUAUUCGACUUGAACAAAGAGACGCCUCCUCGUGUGACCGAGGUCAGCGUUACGGUUACCAAUGCUGAGCGAGUGGACGUGGAACUUGAAGAACCAAACGGAGAAAAAAUAACCAAGACACCUGUUAUCCAACCAAACGGAGUUGUGACAGUGAACUUCAACGGAGAAGAGGGAACAAAGAUAACUGUCAAGAUAACCAAGAAGGACACAAGUCAACCUUCAACAGUGUCUGAUGUCAAGGUGAAGGCCUGUAUAGAGGCCACAACGACAGCAUCGACCACAACCAUUGGCACCACACCAAGCGUUCCAACACCCAGCGGGCCCACACCCUCUGUUUCAGUACCAACAACAACCCCCAGCGCACCAACCACUACUCCAACCACAACCUGUGCCGAUGCUAUGCUGCCAGUUGGUGUGGAUGUGUUGUCACCCAGCAGUAGCGACAUUCCAACAGGCGAUCUUCCAAAGAUACUGAGUCCUACCGGAGCCACUACCACGACGGACAACCCCACUCCCACAGUUGUAUUCGACUUGAACAAAGAGACGCCUCCUCGUGUGACCGAGGUCAGCGUUACGGUUACCAAUGCUGAGCGAGUGGACGUGGAACUUGAAGAACCAAACGGAGAAAAAAUAACCAAGACACCUGUUAUCCAACCAAACGGAGUUGUGACAGUGAACUUCAACGGAGAAGAGGGAACAAAGAUAACUGUCAAGAUAACCAAGAAGGACACAAGUCAACCUUCAACAGUGUCUGAUGUCAAGGUGAAGGCCUGUAUAGAGGCCACAACGACAGCAUCGACCACAACCAUUGGCACCACACCAAGCGUUCCAACACCCAGCGGGCCCACACCCUCUGUUUCAGUACCAACAACAACCCCCAGCGCACCAACCACUACUCCAACCACAACCUGUGCCGAUGCUAUGCUGCCAGUUGGUGUGGAUGUGUUGUCACCCAGCAGUAGCGACAUUCCAACAGGCGAUCUUCCAAAGAUACUGAGUCCUACCGGAGCCACUACCACGACGGACAACCCCACUCCCACAGUUGUAUUCGACUUGAACAAAGAGACGCCUCCUCGUGUGACCGAGGUCAGCGUUACGGUUACCAAUGCUGAGCGAGUGGACGUGGAACUUGAAGAACCAAACGGAGAAAAAAUAACCAAGACACCUGUUAUCCAACCAAACGGAGUUGUGACAGUGAACUUCAACGGAGAAGAGGGAACAAAGAUAACUGUCAAGAUAACCAAGAAGGACACAAGUCAACCUUCAACAGUGUCUGAUGUCAAGGUGAAGGCCUGUAUAGAGGCCACAACGACAGCAUCGACCACAACCAUUGGCACCACACCAAGCGUUCCAACACCCAGCGGGCCCACACCCUCUGUUUCAGUACCAACAACAACCCCCAGCGCACCAACCACUACUUCAAUCACAACCUGUGCCGAUGCUAUGCUGCCAGUUGGUGUGGAUGUGUUGUCACCCAGCAGUAGCGACAUUCCAACAGGCGAUCUUCCAAAGAUACUGAGUCCUACCGGAGCCACUACCACGACGGACAACCCCACUCCCACAGUUGUAUUCGACUUGAACAAAGAGACGCCUCCUCGUGUAACCGAGGUCAGCGUUACGGUUACCAAUGCUGAGCGAGUGGACGUGGAACUUGAAGAACCAAACGGAGAAAAAAUAACCAAGACACCUGUUAUCCAACCAAACGGAGUUGUGACAGUGAACUUCAACGGAGAAGAGGGAACAAAGAUAACUGUCAAGAUAACCAAGAAGGACACAAGUCAACCUUCAACAGUGUCUGAUGUCAAGGUGAAGGCCUGUAUAGAGGCCACAACGACAGCAUCGACCACAACCAUUGGCACCACACCAAGCGUUCCAACACCCAGCGGGCCCACACCCUCUGUUUCAGUACCAACAACAACCCCCAGCGCACCAACCACUACUCCAACCACAACCUGUGCCGAUGCUAUGCUGCCAGUUGGUGUGGAUGUGUUGUCACCCAGCAGUAGCGACAUUCCAACAGGCGAUCUUCCAAAGAUACUGAGUCCUACCGGAGCCACUACCACGACGGACAACCCCACUCCCACAGUUGUAUUCGACUUGAACAAAGAGACGCCUCCUCGUGUGACCGAGGUCAGCGUUACGGUUACCAAUGCUGAGCGAGUGGACGUGGAACUUGAAGAACCAAACGGAGAAAAAAUAACCAAGACACCUGUUAUCCAACCAAACGGAGUUGUGACAGUGAACUUCAACGGAGAAGAGGGAACAAAGAUAACUGUCAAGAUAACCAAGAAGGACACAAGUCAACCUUCAACAGUGUCUGAUGUCAAGGUGAAGGCCUGUAUAGAGGCCACAACGACAGCAUCGACCACAACCAUUGGCACCACACCAAGCGUUCCAACACCCAGCGGGCCCACACCCUCUGUUUCAGUACCAACAACAACCCCCAGCGCACCAACCACUACUCCAACCACAACCUGUGCCGAUGCUAUGCUGCCAGUUGGUGUGGAUGUGUUGUCACCCAGCAGUAGCGACAUUCCAACAGGCGAUCUUCCAAAGAUACUGAGUCCUACCGGAGCCACUACCACGACGGACAACCCCACUCCCACAGUUGUAUUCGACUUGAACAAAGAGACGCCUCCUCGUGUGACCGAGGUCAGCGUUACGGUUACCAAUGCUGAGCGAGUGGACGUGGAACUUGAAGAACCAAACGGAGAAAAAAUAACCAAGACACCUGUUAUCCAACCAAACGGAGUUGUGACAGUGAACUUCAACGGAGAAGAGGGAACAAAGAUAACUGUCAAGAUAACCAAGAAGGACACAAGUCAACCUUCAACAGUGUCUGAUGUCAAGGUGAAGGCCUGUAUAGAGGCCACAACGACAGCAUCGACCACAACCAUUGGCACCACACCAAGCGUUCCAACACCCAGCGGGCCCACACCCUCUGUUUCAGUACCAACAACAACCCCCAGCGCACCAACCACUACUUCAAUCACAACCUGUGCCGAUGCUAUGCUGCCAGUUGGUGUGGAUGUGUUGUCACCCAGCAGUAGCGACAUUCCAACAGGCGAUCUUCCAAAGAUACUGAGUCCUACCGGAGCCACUACCACGACGGACAACCCCACUCCCACAGUUGUAUUCGACUUGAACAAAGAGACGCCUCCUCGUGUGACCGAGGUCAGCGUUACGGUUACCAAUGCUGAGCGAGUGGACGUGGAACUUGAAGAACCAAACGGAGAAAAAAUAACCAAGACACCUGUUAUCCAACCAAACGGAGUUGUGACAGUGAACUUCAACGGAGAAGAGGGAACAAAGAUAACUGUCAAGAUAACCAAGAAGGACACAAGUCAACCUUCAACAGUGUCUGAUGUCAAGGUGAAGGCCUGUAUAGAGGCCACAACGACAGCAUCGACCACAACCAUUGGCACCACACCAAGCGUUCCAACACCCAGCGGGCCCACACCCUCUGUUUCAGUACCAACAACAACCCCCAGCGCACCAACCACUACUCCAACCACAACCUGUGCCGAUGCUAUGCUGCCAGUUGGUGUGGAUGUGUUGUCACCCAGCAGUAGCGACAUUCCAACAGGCGAUCUUCCAAAGAUACUGAGUCCUACCGGAGCCACUACCACGACGGACAACCCCACUCCCACAGUUGUAUUCGACUUGAACAAAGAGACGCCUCCUCGUGUGACCGAGGUCAGCGUUACGGUUACCAAUGCUGAGCGAGUGGACGUGGAACUUGAAGAACCAAACGGAGAAAAAAUAACCAAGACACCUGUUAUCCAACCAAACGGAGUUGUGACAGUGAACUUCAACGGAGAAGAGGGAACAAAGAUAACUGUCAAGAUAACCAAGAAGGACACAAGUCAACCUUCAACAGUGUCUGAUGUCAAGGUGAAGGCCUGUAUAGAGGCCACAACGAUAGCAUCGACCACAACCAUUGGCACCACACCAAGCGUUCCAACACCCAGCGGGCCCACACCCUCUGUUUCAGUACCAACAACAACCCCCAGCGCACCAACCACUACUCCAACCACAACCUGUGCCGAUGCUAUGCUGCCAGUUGGUGUGGAUGUGUUGUCACCCAGCAGUAGCGACAUUCCAACAGGCGAUCUUCCAAAGAUACUGAGUCCUACCGGAGCCACUACCACGACGGACAACCCCACUCCCACAGUUGUAUUCGACUUGAACAAAGAGACGCCUCCUCGUGUGACCGAGGUCAGCGUUACGGUUACCAAUGCUGAGCGAGUGGACGUGGAACUUGAAGAACCAAACGGAGAAAAAAUAACCAAGACACCUGUUAUCCAACCAAACGGAGUUGUGACAGUGAACUUCAACGGAGAAGAGGGAACAAAGAUAACUGUCAAGAUAACCAAGAAGGACACAAGUCAACCUUCAACAGUGUCUGAUGUCAAGGUGAAGGCCUGUAUAGAGGCCACAACGACAGCAUCGACCACAACCAUUGGCACCACACCAAGCGUUCCAACACCCAGCGGGCCCACACCCUCUGUUUCAGUACCAACAACAACCCCCAGCGCACCAACCACUACUCCAACCACAACCUGUGCCGAUGCUAUGCUGCCAGUUGGUGUGGAUGUGUUGUCACCCAGCAGUAGCGACAUUCCAACAGGCGAUCUUCCAAAGAUACUGAGUCCUACCGGAGCCACUACCACGACGGACAACCCCACUCCCACAGUUGUAUUCGACUUGAACAAAGAGACGCCUCCUCGUGUGACCGAGGUCAGCGUUACGGUUACCAAUGCUGAGCGAGUGGACGUGGAACUUGAAGAACCAAACGGAGAAAAAAUAACCAAGACACCUGUUAUCCAACCAAACGGAGUUGUGACAGUGAACUUCAACGGAGAAGAGGGAACAAAGAUAACUGUCAAGAUAACCAAGAAGGACACAAGUCAACCUUCAACAGUGUCUGAUGUCAAGGUGAAGGCCUGUAUAGAGGUGAUAUCUACAACUCAAACUACAGAGAAACCUGGAGUUGUAACAACAACAGCACUGGUGACAACUACAUAUUUCGUUACAACUACUAGCUCUACUCCUUCUACAACAACAAUCUGUACACAGCAAGAGGGAAUGGAUGACUUCUCCCAGAUCCCUUCCUCUAACAUAGUUUUCCCCAACAAUGUCGUUUCUCCUUCUGAUUUGGAUAAAGUGAGGCCUGGAAAUGUUGAUGGUCCACUAACUAUAAAGCAAACAAGUUCAGAUAAGCCUGUAGUCAUUAAAAUAAGUCUUACUCCUGACGGCGUGGAAGUUGGAGAGAUUAAUGUCAGUCCCGAUGAACUUCUGCCGGAGAGCAAACUAUUCCCAGAGACUGGACCAGCUGAUCUGAAAGGAAAAUUGGCCACAGAGGUAGAGAUAAGAAUACAGCCUGUUGACGCCACGGCUGAUAUAUUUUUGGUGAUCUCUAUCAAGGCCUGUUUUGGAGGCAUUACGACGACUCCGUUAAGAACAACUCAGGGUGGCUUUACAUUAACCCCUGUGUCAGGUUCUACUCCUACUUCUACUUCGUCAAUGGGAACGACAUCUGUGCCUUCUGGAACAACAGGUGCAGCAGCCUUCACGCCAGCUACGAUAUCUUAUACUCCUGCUACCGCAGGAGGACCAAGCUCACCUUCUUUAUCAACUACCACUUCUUCAUCUACAACAGGCUGA